AUCAAACCAUGACUCCCAACAUUAUUACCGAAGCUCAUUCACACUCAUUCGGCUCUCGAAUGACGGUGGCUCAGAGAAAAGAGGCACAUGAAUUGAGAAAGACUCUCAAGCCACUGAUGGAAAAGAGAAGGCGUGCUCGCAUUAAUGAGAGCCUCAAUAACUUGAAAACACUCAUACUCCCGCUGGUCGGCAAAGACGCUUCACGCUAUUCAAAACUCGAGAAAGCUGACAUUCUUGAAAUGACAGUCCGGUUCCUCAGAGAUCUGCCUUCCUCAUCAGCUAAAGGUCAAACAGACAGCUAUAAUGAGGGAUAUAAAGCCUGUUUGCAGCGCAUUUCUACGCUCCUGCCCCAAUCCAACCUUGACACAGACACCCAUCAUCGCGUCAACGAGUUCAUCCAGCACUCGAUGGUGUCUGCUACAUCGGCCUGCCAGAACUGCUGUGCGCAGAGCUCCAGAAUGGUUUCAGAAAUGCACCAGAGACUUGUGAGCAUCAGGAACAACAUCUCUGCGACGGCAAACCACACCGUCAGUACCGCGUCAGCUUCAAGCCAACCCCAGCCUGAACCACAAGCAGCUGCGGACAUGUGGAGGCCGUGGUGACCAAGCACACACAGUCCAAGAGACUUCAGGGAAAUUGUUUACAUUUGACUUUGUAUAUUAUUUAUUAGUCGUAGUAAGUUUUGGAUUAAAAGAAAUGUGAAGUGAUGGAGAUUACAUGUAAGGAUGUUAAAGGAUUUAAUGCCUAAAAUGUGGCUAAUUUAAAGACAGCCAAAGAGCACAGAUCAUGGAAGCAGUUGCAUUCUA